UGAGACAGUUUUUUUUUUUUUUUUAUCUGAUUGUGGUGGGGAAUCACUUCUACCACAAAAGGCGGAGGAUAGAAGUAUUAUAAGAGAUGAAUUACGUGCCAUUCUCUUCUCUUUCCUACCUUCUAUCCAUCAUUAUUCAUCCUUGAUCUCUUGACAACAAAAAACACUCAAAAUUUACAUCAUGGAAAUUGUUACUUCAUGUGUUAGUUCCAUUUCUGAAAUUAUUUUCAGCCGCUUGUUCGAUGCACCAGGACGUCAGAUUGGCUACCUGCUUAACUACAAUGACAACAUCAAAACUUUACAAAAGCAAGCUCAGAAACUCAAGGCUACCAGAGACAGCAUACAAGUGAGAAUUGAUGCUGCUGAAAGAGACAGAGAAAUUAUCUUACCUGAUGUCCAAAGCUGGAUAUCUGAAGUUGAUGAUGUCUGUGCAGAAGCAGAAAAGUUUUUUGAAGAUGAAGACAGCGUGAACAAGAUGUGCUUCAAAGGGCGGUGCAUUAAUGUCCGAUCACGUUACCGGUUCAGCAAGGUGGCAAAGCAGAAGAUAACGGUGAUCACUCAGCUCCAAGAAGGUGGAAAAUUUCAAACUCUAUCUCAGCCUGCUCCUCCUCCUUCAAGCAUUAUCAUUCCAACUGUUGGAUUUUCUGGAAUUUUUGAAUCCAGAGAAUCAAUCAAGAAUGAAAUUAUGGAGGCCUUGAAAGAUGACAAGGUCAGCAUAAUUGGAAUAUGUGGGCUGGGGGGUGUGGGCAAGACCACACUAGUGAAACAAGUUGGCAAACUAGCUGAAGAAGAAAAGUUGUAUAGUUCAGUAGUUAUGGUAGUUGUGUCUCAAACCCCAAAUAUCAUGAAUAUUCAAAGAGAAAUUGCUUACAUGCUAGAUCUGAAGUCAUUACCUGAUUAUCCUGAAUCAGCGCGAGCAAGUGCCUUGUGGGAGAGAAUUAAGAAGGAGAAGCAAAUCCUCAUAAUACUAGAUGAUGUUUGGAGAAGAAUUAAAUUGGAGGAGAUUGGUAUUCCUUUUGGGAAGGACCACAGAGGUUGUAAGAUCAUGCUUGCCUCUCGAAGCAAAGAUGUGUGCGAUGAAAUGGAUUGUGACAAAAUAUCUAUUGUUAGAACUUUAUCAAAACAGGAACCAUGGGAGCUAUUCAAGGAGCUUGUUGGAAUGGAUGUCGAAAAUUCUAGCAUAAGCCCAAUCGCAAGAGAAGUAGUCGCCGAAUGUGAUGGCUUGCCAAUUGCAAUUGUGACAAUAGCAAGCGCAUUAAGGAACAAAAAUGAGCAUGUGUGGAUUGAUGCAACACGACAACUAAAAAUGUCUGCUUAUACAGAUAUCCCAGGGAUGCAAGGAAGUGUGAUUUCAUCUUUGGAGUUGAGCAUCAAAUAUCUAGAAAGUGAUGAUGCAAAAUCAUUGUUCUUCUUCUGUAGCGUGUUUCCAGAGGAUUUUGAAAUCCCAAUUGAAGUUUUAGUUACAUAUGGAAUGGCUCUGAGGUGGUUCAAAAAUGUUCAUACAAUGAAGGAUGUUAGACACAGAGUGCAUGCUAUUGUAAGUAUGCUGACCUCUUCUUUUCUCUUGAUUUAUGAAAAACAUCGGUACACUAUGGAAGAGUGUGUAAAAUUGCAUGAUGUUGUACGUGAUGUUGCACGUAUAAUAGCACAUAAGUACAACCAAAUAAUCUUGGUCAAAGCUCGCACUGGUUUAAAAGAGUGGCCAAACAUAUAUACAUUUCAAGAUCUCACAUGUAUCUCAUUAAUGUCAAAUGAUAUUAGAGAGGUACCAGAUGUGAUGGAAUGCCCAAAGUUACAGUCUUUACUAUUGCAGGGAAAUUCUAGAAUGGUUUUUCCUAACAAUUUCUUUCAAGGCAUGAAAGAUCUUAGAGUUUUAGACUUGAGUAAAACUCUAUUAUUGCCACUGCCAGAGUCACUUUCUUUGUUGGCAAAUCUUACAACAUUGUAUCUUAACGGUUGCAAGUUAGGUGACCUAUCUAUUAUCGGGCAACUAAGUAAACUAGAAAUUCUUAUCCUUAAUAAUUCUAAUGUUAGGGAGAUCCCAGAAUCUUUCAGUCGAUUAAUUCAUUUGAGGUUAUUAGCUUUGAACGAUUGUGAAAAACUUGCACGAAUAGCACAUGGUGUCAUAUCUUCUUUGUGUAAAUUGGAGGAGUUGUAUGUUUUAAAAAGUUUUGAGCAUUGGGAUUCUGAAGGAGAUGAGGGGGGUUUGAGAAACAAUGCAAAGCUUGCUGAGUUACAAUCUUUGUCUAGACUGACUAGCUUGCAAAUCAUUAUCCCAAACUUGAAUUUCUUAAUUGAUAAUGAUGUGCCAUUCAAAAACUUAUCAAACUUUGCAAUAAUAAUAGGUGGUGUAGGAUAUGUUGAAAAGCACAACUUUAUGAUUUCUUCAAAAGAAUAUUCAAGAAAAUUGUUGAUGUCAAAUGAUGAUAAGGUUAUGAUUUCAGGAUUGAUUAAUUGCCUAAAGAAUUUGGUAAUUGGACAAACGAAAUAUUUAGAAGUAGGAAGGUGUGAAUCAGUGGUAGAUAUAUUUGAUUGUGAAGUGCUUAAGUUGACAUAUGGAAAAAGAAUGUUGCUUUUACAGUUAAAGGAACUACAUUUGAAAUAUCUGCCAAACAUGACACAUAUAUGGAAAGGUAAAACUCAAUACAUAAACCUUUUGAACUUGAAGAGAAUAGAAUUACGGAUGUGCCCAAAGUUAGUUAAAGUAUUUUCACAAGAUUUAUUGCAGAGUCUUAUUAGUUUGGAAGAAAUGAUGAUAUCUGUUUGUGACAAUUUAGAGGAGAUUUUCAUAAUGAAAGAAGAAGAGGAAAUAGUACCACCAAGGAAAGAUCUCACCACAACCUCCCCAAGUUUGAGAAACUUAACUUCUAUAGAAAUAGUAGGAUGCAGUAAAUUAAAAAGUCUCUUCACCCCCUCCAUAGUCGAAGGCCUUGUGAAGCUCAGAAGGCUUCAAGUAUAUUCUUGCUCAACAUUGGAAGAAAUAGUCACAAAUGAGGAAGUAUCAUCAUCAUUAACAAAGAAGAUUGUUUUUCCUAGUUUGUCCAACUUGGGGCUUAAAUGGCUAAGUAACAUUGGUUGUUUUAGCUCAGGCUCAUAUUCUAUCGAAUUUCCAAUUUUGGAGAUGCUUGUGAUAAUUGAAUGUCCAAAUAUGAAGAUUUUUGGUUUUGGAGAACAACUAACACCAAAGCUCAACAAAGUGAUGAUAGAUAUGUUUGAUGAAGGACGAUGGAUGGGUAACCUUAACUCCACAAUUGAGCAAUUGUUCAUAGAAGAACAAGAGAAAAUUGCAAAGGAAACGACUAAUUGAAGAAAAAGUAGCAGGGGAGACAUGUUUCUUAAGCUCGUUUAAUCAAGGUACUGAAAUUCCCUUCCUCCAAGGCAAAAGGGAAGGGAAGCAAUUCUACAAGGGAAAUUAACAAUAAUGUUACAAGUAUAGAGGGGUUUCUGAUAGUUUAUUCAAAACUGAUCCCCACAAUUAUCUUUACUUAUGGUCAGGCCAAGGAAGAUCUUCCUGUUAAAAUCAACGGCCUUAGGCUUCCUGUCGAUACCAUCUGCCGCAACCCUAACGACUUUGAGUUCGACAAAGAAGCGUGCUCACGGCAGUGAAAAUGCAGGGGAGUACAGGGCAUGGAAUUGUAGCA